GAAAUGAGGUGCAUCAGUUGUUCAAACUACACCACUGAACAGACAUAAACUCUGACUGUAGAUAUGAAAAGAAAAAAACAAAACGCUAGAGAGAGCAUACGUUUUGUUUAAAUGCCGUUAGCGAUUAAAAGUCUUUGGGAUGCAAAUAAUUCCACACAAAUCCCAUAAUCGUCGUCUUCUUUCCUCCUAUACCGAUAAUGUUCCCCGGUCAAUCAAACCCGAUGAGUCAUCACAUUUUAGCUGUGGAAUUUUCAACAUUUUCCGACGCCCUCACCAUUUUUUCCACCACCCAAGCCCUAUAUAAACAUGCACACAUUCUCAAGAAAAUCCACACACCAAGUACUCCACAUAAUAUAACCAUGAAGUCCUUCAAUAUCUUUUGCGUUUCUGUUUUCGUUUUCGUUUCCACUUUCUUAGUUUAUUCCACCAAUGCAGCCACUUUCAAUAUCCGCAAUAACUGUCCCUACACCGUCUGGGCCGCAGCCGUCCCCGGCGGUGGCCGGCGACUGGACCGCGGCCAAACAUGGACGAUUAACGUGAACGCCGGCACGACCGGAGGCCGUGUAUGGGCCAGAACCGGAUGCAACUUUGACGGAAAUGGCCGUGGGAGUUGCCAAACCGGCGACUGCGGCGGAGUUCUUGCAUGCACCGGCUACGGCCGGCCGCCGAAUACUCUGGCGGAGUUCGCGCUAAACCAGUUUCAAAACCUUGAUUUCUUUGAUAUCUCUCUUGUUGACGGGUUCAACGUGCCGAUGGACUUCAGCCCGACCACCGGUUCCUGCCGCGGAAUCCGGUGCACCGCCGAUAUUAACGGGCAGUGCCCUAGUCAGCUUAGAACCACCGGUGGUUGUAACAACCCUUGCACGGUGUUCCAGACCGAUCAGUACUGUUGCAACUCCGGCAACUGUGGGCCCACUGAUUUCUCCAGGUUUUUCAAGCAGAGGUGCCCGGAUGCUUACAGCUACCCCAAGGAUGACCAGACUAGUACGUUCACUUGCCCCGGAGGAACCAACUAUAAUGUUGUUUUCUGCCCGUAGAGGAGGAAAGGAAAAUGGAUCAGCUAGCCCGGCCGAUCAUUUAAUUAAUAAUUAGCUUCAUAAUUUGAGUAAUAAAUAAUUACUCACCAUGUAAAAAAAAGACUAGCUUUGCUCUGUUUUGCAGGCUAGGUCAAAAUAUGCAUGGGAGCAUGCAUGAGCACAUUUACCAAUGUGCGACUUCUUAAUAAGAUGACGUAUACUUCACAUACUCAAUUAAUCAUCUAUUCUGUUUACUGAUUUGGCUUGC